CAAAACCCUCCCGGGAAGGGCUCUGUUCCUUCAAUUUUGUUGCGAGAUUCUGCCCUGCCCACCACUACCACCGUUCAAAGGUCACUGCUGGGCGGCUCUGAUACGUCAAACCUCUCGCCCAUAUCUUUUGAAAUGGCCCCAAUGAAACUUCAGAAACGAAAGAGUGAUGAUGAUAUGAACGGAGGUACACGGAGCAAAAAAAACAAGACAGAGAACCUGACGCCACAAACUCUUUGCGAUGCGGUUGGGUCAGAGCUUGAAAACAACCCAGACGUUGCUGCCAGAUUGUCCUCAGCUACCUUAGUGAAAGACUUCGACACGAGAAUAGAAGAUAAAAAUACGACCUCUAUUGUCUGUAUAGGCGAAACUACCACUUCCAAAGUUCAAAAUGACACUAUUGAUGACGGAUUAAGUGGUACGAUCAGUGUUGACAGCCUGGACAUUGGAGAUAAUUAUUGGAUAGUAGAAGAACUGAAGGAGAAAUUAAAAGAGGUGAUGAAAGAUGUCGAAAACACGAAACUUGAGGAGAAGCUCGCGUUAGAGGUGCUCCAUAAAGUGACAAAAGAAGUCCCUAUCUGGAAGCAUCAUAUCUCCGCUCUGGACCAGUCAAUACGCGGAGUUGGGUUUAAAAAGGGCAUGCCAAAUGAUAUGAUUACAGAGUUGCAAAAGCUACAAAGCAUGUGCAAAACUGCUGCAAAAAUACAUUUGCAUCAGGGAUGGUAUGACCGCAACAAAAUCGAGAAUAAGAUCACGACGAUUGAGGACUUUGCUAAGCUUCUAAUUUGUGAUUAUGAGGAAGGGAAAUUCAAAGAAGAUGCCGUCGAUGAAAAGGAUGUCGCUGGUCCAAGCCGUGAAGAAUGGAGCGGUUAA